AAGUUACGCUUCCCAUUCAUCUGCUCUGCCUUCUCCUUUUACGUAAACUAAAAUCCUCGGGCGAAAAGGAAGCAUGGCAUACCAAAAUAUGUGGACGCAAUUUCCCAUCAAGUUAGCUCUUUGCCUUUGCGGGGACCGAACGUGGGACCUGUAGUAACAUGUCUUGGAUAUGGAUCGCAUCAUUGCUCCUCAUAUACAAGAAGCUUAUAAAAACGUCUCCAAGAUAAUCGUUGGUAUUCUCUCCACAGAACUGCCUACGAUGGAACUCCGCUGCAUUCAGUCUCCCACAGUCAGCAGCAUUCCUCGAAGUGGGCUGUUGGAGAAGCCACUUUUAUGUGGGCAGACCAGUUUCAAGUUGCCUGGUAGCAGGAGAACGUGCCCAGAUGACAGAAGGCUUAAAUGUCGUGAUUUGAGAGCUCGAAGAUCAGGCACCACAAAAAUCAAAUCACAGGCACAAGAUCCUACUUCAAGUGAUGGUGACCAAAAGGAUGAAAAUCUUGUCUAUGUAGCUGGGGCAACUGGCAGAGUUGGAUCACGAACUGUGAGGGAACUCCUAAAAUUAGGAUUCAGAGUUCGAGCUGCUGUUCGUAGUAUUCAGAGAGCUGAAUCCCUUGUACAAAGCGUUCAGAACAUGAAACUGGAUGAUGUGGCAGGAGGCACUCAACCUACAGAUAAGUUUGAACUCGUGGAGUGUGAUCUGGAGAAACCGGACCAGAUAGGGCCUGCACUGGGCAACUCAUCAAUUGUUAUAUGCUGCAUUGGUGCCAGCGAGAAGGAGAUUUUUGAUGUAACUGGACCAUACCGAAUUGACUACCUGGCAACCAAAAACCUGAUUGAUGCAGCAACUUCUGCAAAAGUUGACCACUUCAUUUUGCUCACAUCUCUGGGAACAAACAAAUUUGGAUUUCCUGCUGCUAUCCUGAAUUUGUUCUGGGGAGUCCUCUGCUGGAAAAGGAAAGCAGAAGAAGCACUUCUUGCCAGUGGUCUUCCAUAUACUAUAGUGAGACCUGGAGGAAUGGAGCGACCUACUGAUUCUUACAAGGAAACUCAUAAUAUUACUUUGUCAGAGGAGGAUACAUUAUUUGGUGGCCAAGUGUCAAAUCUGCAGGUAGCAGAACUAGUGGCAUUCAUGGCCAGAAACCGCAGCCUCUCAUACUGUAAAGUUGUGGAAGUAAUUGCGGAAACUACAUCUCCUUUGACUCCUCUUGGAGAUCUCAUAAAAAAGAUACCAUCUCAGCGCGAAGAAGUUUACCCUCAAAAGGAAUCAGAUGAGGCAGAUGAAUUGCAACCUGUUGUUCCAGACAGCACCUACACCGAGAAAGAACCUGAGCAAAUAAAAGCAACUACAGCAAGAUCCUCGUCUCCAUAUACUAUGUAUGAAGAUGUAAAGCCACCAACUUCUCCAACUCCUACACCAAGCACUGGUUCUGGUUCCACCCAGGCUAGUAAGAUAGAGAUCACACCUAUUGCAUCGAGUUCCAUCUCUACGUCUGUGGAAGUCAAUUCUUUGGAGACAUCAAGUACUUCAAUUAAUGAUGUAUUACCUGAGAUUGCACCAAGGAAAACAAAUUUCUCAUCACCUUACCCGAACUAUGAGGAUCUAAAGCCACCAACUUCUCCAACUCCAACUCCAAGCACUGGUUCUGGUUCCACCCAAGCUAGUAAGAUAGAGAUCACACCUACUGCAUCGAGUUCCAUCCCUUCGUCUGUGGAAGUCAAUUCUUUGGAGGCAUCAAGUGCUUCAGUUAAUUAUGUAUUGCCUGAGAUUGCACCAAAGAAAACAAAUUUCUCAUCACCUUACCCAAACUAUGAGGAUCUAAAGCCCCCAACUUCUCCAACUCCAACUCCAAGCACUGGUUCUGGUUCCACUAAAGCUAGUUAUACAGACACCAUGGUGGCUGCAGCAAGUCCCACUUCUUCAUCACUUGAAGUCAAUUCUUCACAAGAGUUGAGUAUUGCUAUAGAAAAUGUAACUCCUCUGACCAUACCAAAGAGGGCAAGUCCCUCAUCACCGUAUCCAAAUUAUGAAGACUUGAAACCACCUAGCUCCCCAACUCCAACUCCUAGUCGUUCCAAAGAGGUUCCUUCUAUUUCCCUUGCUUCUACAGAAGCGGCAUCACAGCUCACUGGUGGAAAUGAUGUUGCAAAAAGUGAAAGUACUGAGGUGGGGAAUGGUCCGGCAAAACCUUCAGCUUCUGAUCACUCUCCGUAUCUUGCAUAUGAUGACCUCAAGCCCCCCUCACCACUGUCUCCUAGCGUCCCUACCGUGCCCGGAAAUGCAGCCGAGGAGAAAUUGGAAGAUAUGAAGUACCAUACUGAAUCAAAGACUAGACCCCUUUCACCUUAUACCAUGUACGAGGAGUUGAAGCCACCCAGCUCUCCCACCCCUUCUCCUCCAAGGAAGCUUUAAAUGUAAAAGAGAAGUUUCAACUCAAGAGAGGUGUAAAAGCAGCAUUCUUUUUGCACUUCUUCAGUGAUGAACUGAUGAUACUUUUCCGGAAACCUUUUUCAGUUCACAGUACUCAGAGUUUUUGGAAGUACACAAGUUUGAUACUGUUAUUGUAAUUGUUCUUUUGAUCACACUGUCUUUGAAUUCGUUAUAAGAGUUCACAUUUAAGCCUA